GAUGUUCAGAAGGAGAGAGAACCUCAUCUUUAUCUCAGUAAAGAAGAAGUUAAAGAGAAGAUACAAAGCUAUAAUUCAUCAGUAACUGACAAAUUAAAAAUGACCUUGAACGCAAAUGGGAUUUACACUGGCUUCAUCAAAGUUCAGAUGGAACUAUGCAGACCGAUCACUGUGCAGUCUUCCCAGAGCCAGGGGAGGUGUGCUCACAGCAAUAAUGAAACUGCUUUUUACUUGCCGGAUGGCUGUGUGAAUACGCUUCACAUCAGCAGCACCAACACUGUUCGUGAAGUUAUUGAGGCCUUGCUCAAAAAGUUUUUUGUGGCUGAUAACCCUGCGAAGUUUGCACUUUAUAAACGCUGUCACAAGGAAGACCAAGUUUAUACAUGCAAGCUGUCAGAUCGAGAACAUCCCCUCUACCUGCGUUUGGUGGCAGGCCCCAGAACAGAAAUGCUCAGCUUUGUUCUACGUGAGCAUGAAACUGGAGAAGUUAUGUGGGAAGCUUUUAGUAUUCCUGAACUGCAAAACUUCUUGCGUAUACUGGACAAAGAGGAAAAUGAGCAACUGCAAAUCUUAAAGAAGCGUUACGCAGCUUACAGAGACAAACUUGAAGAAGCCCUUGGUGGGGUGUGGAAACCUGGUUAAAAGGGGGCCAAAGGACACUCAGGAAAAACGCACGUUACCAAAUGUCAGUAUAGCAUGCCAAACCCAAUGUACAAAGAGCAGCAGAGAGUAGUUUUCUUUAUUCAGAAGACUGUUUUUUGAUGCCAGGGUACCUGAAUUUUGCUAUAGACUUAGUUCCGUAAGCCAGGUCACUUAGCAUCCUGCACCCACAAGUAAGGGAUUCUGCAUGUUUGUACAUCAGUCUGCAACCCUCUGUGUGCCUAGAGUUUUCCAAGUUACCUUGAUGCAAGCUGUGAAACUGUAAUCAAUUUUCUAGGAUGCUAUGAAAUAAGAUUUUUUUUUUUUUCUUCUUUGCUUUAAUGGUAGCUUUAGAAGUAAGGAUGUGCAAAUUGAUGAGUUAAAAAAAAUUAAUUAAACUGUCUGGACAACAAUUAGUUGGAGCACUAUCUUUGAGAUGAAAUUGAUUUGCACUACCUUUCUGUUUUCAAAUAGUUACUGUAUAAUUUGUGAGAGAACUGUUAUAGAUGGAAGGCAUAUGUGAUCAUCUGGUUUGUUCUGUGAGAUUUGUGGAAGGCUUUAAAUUAGUCUUUCUGGAGAGGGUAAAGAGAAAGUUGAAAAGAAGGUAAGAGUUGAGGAAGGAAACUAACAGCUGACAGAGGAGGACUGGUUUUAAAUUGAAAUAGUAUUUAUACAGAGGAAAGUUUGAAAUACUAAUUCUACAAGAUUAAAGUUUUAGGAUGUUAUAAUAUUGUGAAUAAGUUUUAUGGUUUUUUAACUGCAUAAAUCCACACUGGAAAAGAAAUAAAGAUAAUAGAAAUAAUGGGAAAGAAUGAGAGGCAAAAGCUAAAUAAGAAUGGAAGUGGAGCUGCACAUACAAGUCGUUAUUGGAGAAGCUGGUUCCAUAAAUGUGUAAAUGGAGGGUUGAAAAGUGCAG